AUGUCUGGCAUAGCACAGGCGCGUCGUUCUCUCGCACCAGCUGGUCUACAGGCUCGGAACGUCCGUUCGUCAAGAGCCAAAGUGUCUGGACCUGCGAGCUCCGUGUACUUUCAUUCCGCAAUUUGCAGCCAAGGGUUCACUUCCAGUCCAGUCUCUUCCGCUCAGAUGCGCCCGCCUGGCAAGCUGCUACUUAGCGCAGCAGUCGCGCUGCUUGUACUUGGCGAUGCGGUUACCAGGACAACAGCGACGACGACGACGACUUGGAACGCCUCGUUGCGCGCUGCUGUCGAUACCGGUCGUAGCGAAGAACGGGGUUUCGUCCACGUGAAGCCCAAUCUCGACGAAGAGAGGAUGUUCACGCGAUUCUUUGCGUGGGUCAAGGGCUUGGGGUCCACUAGCCGGAGUUCAUCGGUCAAGGUACCCGAAAAGCCGCAAACAAUGACGAUAAUGGAACUUGCAAGCGAAUUGCAGAAGAAGAAGACGGUGAUGGGGAAGAAGUUGACGUCGGCGCAGAAGCGGGAGCGAAUAAAGCACGCACGGGGAUUAGUACGGGAUUUCAGUAAGUUAGCCCAUGUCAAACGCAGCAAGAUUCCAUCACAUCUAAAGAAGAUCAGCAAAGGAGGAGUGGAAUUUGAAGAUCAGAGAGCAGCUGUGUUUAAUGCGUGGCAAGCUCGUGGGAUAUCUGAUCUCGGCGCACUUAGGAAGGACCUACAAGAGGCAGGCGUCGAGAAAGCAGUAAUUGCAAACCUGGUAAAGCACUAUCAUGACCAUGUGUAA